AUGGACGCCAUGGAGAACCCGGUCCUGGAGCCCAGAUCAGAGCGGAUCGCUCGUUAUAAAGCUGAGAGGAGGCGAGAACUGGCUGAACGCUAUGGCAACAUGGAGGAGUUACCUUCCAAAUGGGUGAGGAGGGAUGGGAAAGAAGUGCACAACCCAGCGAGCCAAGCUCACAGAGGAACAUUGAACUCAGAUGGCCUCAGUGAAAGAGUAAGCAGCAGGACUCGAGGUGUCACAAAUGGAUUAGAGGCAGAAGGUCCUGCAGAGUCCAACCACUUGAGAAGUUGCCCUGAUGCUGGGCGAGCCACAUCCUCUCUGGAUCUGGCUGUGAAGCCUGGCGCUGAGGGGGGCCGGAGGCGCACACGGCGUUACCUCCCCGGCGGGACAGGUGGCAGUCGCAAGACCAGCGAGCGUUUCAGGACACAGCCGAUCACAGCCAAUGAGAUGGAGGAGAGCAGUGGGUUGUUGGACGCAGAGGAAGAGGAUAACAAUAAAGCUGAUGUGAAAACAGAUGCCCGAGCCAAAAUGAGUGUGGCAGCCAAGAUGUCUUUGUUUAAAGAGCUGGAGAAGUCUGCUGCCCCCGAGGCUUCGGCCUUCCUGAAGCCUCGCUCAGGCAGCGUCUGUCAUGAGCGCAGGGUGCGCCGUGGGAACGACCAUCGCUUUCUAACUCAGCCAGUCACCUGUGAGGAAAUUGUGGCAAUCAGUGCCCCCAAAGCAGCACCACAAGUGGAGUCCCAGUCUGUGCAUCCUGAGUCGGUGGAGGAUGGCGAUGAGAGCUGCAAGCUGAGCAUGAGCGAGAAGCUGGCCCUCUUCAACAAAUUGUCCCUGCCAGAGAGGCAGGGGGGCGGCCCUGAUAAUGGGCCCCCAGAGAGACGAAGGCAGAAGGGGGCUCGGUACCGCACGCAGCCCAUCACUGUGGAGGAGGUCAGCCUGCUCCAGAAAGGCCCCGUACAGCUUCCUGCGUUCAGUUUGUCCCCUCAUCUGUCCGACAGACAGCAGGCCUCGUCUGUCAACCUAAAACCCAGUGAGUUACGCCUUUCCCAGCCAAGACCUGACACCGGCCCUGUGCCUGGGGAGCCUAGUGGCCCCAUCCAGCAGGGCCUGCAGCGCCACGGCUCCGAACCAGGCUUGCGAGGAAUCCUGAAAAAGAGCUGGUCUGGCGGCUCAGAGUGGAGCAGGAUGGAGGGCGGUCAGACAGAUGCACCGUUCAGCUAUGAACAGAAUGGCGGAGGUUGUGAAGAAGCAGGGAUACAAAUGAGAAUGGAGAGCACAGAGCAGCAGGGAAUUUCUUUAGCACCACGAAGAGAGAGACGGGACGCUUCAGGUGUAGAGGGAAGCUCACUGACUGCUGCUCCCUGGAGGCAGAGGGCUCGAACCAGGAGGGAAACCAUUGCCUGCACACCAACAAGAGCCUUGUCAGAGCAGGACGCUCCUCAGGAGGAGAAGAACAGCUGGACCAAACCACAGGAACAGCUGGCUUCUACUGUGGAACACAGCUCAGAUACCACUGGGAGAGUUAGGCAACAUAACGAGGAAGAGAGUGUGAGGAACAGGAAUGAAGAAACCACAGCCAUGGGGCAUGUUCAGGUGACACUGGAAGAUGACAACGUUAAACUGAAGGAGACAACCAACACCAGCAGAAGUACGGAAGAGACAGAACAUCUUCAUGAGGAGAGUGUCAACCCUCAGUGCUGGACAAGCCUUUCUUUUGAGGCACAAGAAGUUGCCUCUCCUACCAAUAACCAGAUUCAGCCUCAGUGGAGACAGAAGGCGAAGGGAGUCGAGGAUGAGCUUCAGACAGAUGAAGCCGAGGAAAUAAAUACACAGCAGGAAAGGAACGGGCAAAAGGCUGGACACAUGGCCAAGAGAGGUCUUGGAUUUCCAGAAUCAGAUAGAAAUGACGCCUCUCAGAACAAGAGACACUCCUCUGAAGCUCCUACGUGCACCUAUGAAGCACCACAGAGCUCUCCACUCUCAGUGGCUCCACAUGAGGUGAAGGAGGAGACACCUGUGGAUGGCUCAAACACGUCGGGUUUCUACAGAGAUCAGUCACCUCCCUCUGCCUGCGCCCCCCCACCCUGUGGAGACAUUGCUGCGGAGAGUGAGCAGGACCUGGGUGUCCUCUGCCAGACCAACACACCCAUGCUGACCUCUGCAGUAGCAGAGCAUAGGCGUUCAGUGCGUCCGUCCCGUCGGACUCAGGGAUCCAGAAACCCUCUGAGGGCUCUCGCUGCCAGGGAGGACAUCAGCCAGGACUACAUGGGAGAGAGAGACAACUCAGCUACUGAGGAGAGGAUCCAAACAGAGAAGAAGUCCAAGAACUCCUCUGUGGCCAAUUCACAUCUUGCCAGAUCAGAAGACUUAAUCUCUUCCUCAGAGGCUGUGAACACCAAGUCUUAUCUUCCCUUCAACAGCCUGAUGCUCAUUCACAUCAAAGGUAGGCGGCAUGUCCAGGUGCGUCUGGUUGAACCCUCAGUGCGGUCGCUAAACAGUGGAGACUGCUUCCUGCUGGUCACUCCGGAGCAUUGUAUCCUGUGGAGUGGAGAGUUUGCCAACGAACAAGAGAAAGCCAAGGCCUCAGGGUUGGCAUCAAUAAUCCAGAGUCAAGGGGAUCUCGGCUGUCGGGCCUCCCAGAUCGUCCACCUGGAGGAAGGGCUGAACUGUGACGGUAGCCUGGCUGCAGACUUCUGGAGCCUUCUAGGAGGAAGGACACAAUACAGAGGAGCGAGUGCAGAGGAAGAGGAUGACCUCUAUGAGUGUGGUGUGGUGGAGUCCAACUGUGUGUACAGGCUGGUGGAGAACAGACUGGUGCCUCAUGAACAGGCCUGGGCCUCCAUUCCCAGUGUCUCCCUGCUGGGUGCCACUGAGGCCCUGGUGUUUGAUUUCGGCAGUGAGGUGUACCUGUGGCAGGGACAGGAUGUUUCCCUCAGCAGGAAGACUGUUGCUCUCCAGCUGACUCACCAAGUGUGGGUUGGAGCUUAUGACUACAGCAACUGCCGAGUCAAUCCACUGGAUCCCACACAGUGUAACCCCAGUACACCGCUUAGGGGGGAGGGACGUCCCAGCUGGGCGUUGUUCGGCUGCGUCUCAGAGCACAAUGAAACCGCUCUGUUCAGAGAGAAAUUCCUGGACUGGACGGGCACGAGUGGAGGCAGGGAGGAAACUAUUUCAGUGGACAAGGAGCCACAGCCUGUCCCAGUACAGUCUUCUGAGGCCGUGUCCCCAUCAUCAGACCCCCUGAGUGCCUGUGACGCCAAGUCUCUAGUCUCAGGUCAGUCACUGGGAGGGGAUGGCUUGGUUCAUAGUGUGUUGGCUGGAGUUGAUGUCCAGAGGGGGCACGGAGUCAUCAUGCUGGAGGGAGGACGUCAGAUGGAGCUGAAGACAGUUGCUGUAGAGACCUGGCACGUCCAGGAAUUUGAUGACAGUGAAAUUCCCUUGGAGAGCACCGGACAGCUUCAUGAAGAAGACUCCUACGUCAUCCGCUGGACAUACACCAUUAACACUGUUGAUAACAUAAACAGCGCUGACGAGUGUAGCAGGGUCUCCGGACAACAAAAAGAAACCACAGCCUUGUUUCUGUGGAGAGGCCGUCACUCCAAUGUCAGCGGGCGGGACACUGCUGCUUUCCUGUCCAUCGGGAUGAACAACCACGAAGAGUCACAGGUAUUGGUACUUCAAGGAAAGGAACCUCCCUGUUUCCUGCAGCUUUUCGAGGGAGGCCUGGUCAUUCACAAGGGCAAGCGAGAGGAGGCCCCCACUAAUGCAGCAGAGUGGCGUCUGUUCUGUGUGCGAGGAGAGCUCCCAGAGGAGGGCUCUCUGUUGGAAGUGGAUUGCUGCUGUGCAGGUCUGAGGUCCAGGGGCUCUGUUGUCCUGCUCAAUAGCCAGCAGGGGGUGCUGUAUCUCUGGACUGGCUGUAAAGCUCAUACCAGCUCCAGAGAAGUUGGCAAGAGGGCAGUGGAACUUCUCACUCAAAUGUGUCCACCAGAGUUGGGGCUCAGCAAAAGUAGCGCUGUGAAGGUGCAGGUUGUGGAGGAAGGUUCAGAGCCUGCAGACUUCUGGACAGCAUUGGGACAGAUGGACAGGAAGGCCUAUGACUGCAUGUUGCAAGAUCCAGGAAAGUAUAACUUCACACCCCGCCUCUUCCACCUGAGUGCCUCCUCUGGGAGUUUCCAGGCAGAAGAGCUGCAGAGUCCAACGCGGCUGCCGGGGCUCGUGAUGGCAAUGCCCUUUGUUCAGGAGAGCCUGUACUCUGUACCACUGCCAGCCUUGUUCCUGCUUGACAACCGUCUGGAGGUCUACCUGUGGCAGAGGGGUCAGCCUGAGCAGACAGAGAGCUCGGCUUCAGCCUGGAGCUGCUGGCACAGCGAGAGGAGGUGUGCCAUGCAGACGGCGCUGCAGUACUGCAAAGAGAUGAACCCAAGACGCCCGCCACAGGCCUAUCUCAUCUUUGAGGGGUCAGAACCUCUCACCUUCACUAAUGUGUUCCCCCAUUGGGAGAGGAGCCCAGGACCCCAUAGACAGGGCGACACGGGGCGGGUGAAGCUGACCUUGGUGCAGGACGCCCUGGCCCAGCUCAUGAAGACCCAGUACCCUCUGGAGGAGCUGUUGCGGACCCCCUUACCUGAAGGAGUCGACCCCCAGCACCUGGAAGUCUACCUGUCUGAUCAAGACUUCCAGACUGUUUUGGAAAUGAAGAGAGAUGAAUACGCCUCCCUCCCAAGCUGGAAGCAAAUUGAUUUGAAGAAAAGCAAAGGGCUGCUUUGCUAGACAGCACAAACAAGUGGAGGCUGACUGAUGCUUCUGCAGCAGGGAAGAUGGCAGGGAGAUAUUUGCACCAUGUUGCUGCAAACAAAGGACUGCUCACAACGUAAUAAAAAGAGGAAAGAAGUUCACUUUUAUUUAUGUCAAAUUAGUACGAGUGUGUGGACUUUUUAUCAGACACGAAUUUCACUGUAGCUAUUGUUCAGAGCAAAAACAAAGCACAUUUUCCGACGAAAUUUCAUUUUAUCUGUACAAAUCAAUGAAAGAUAAAAAAAAGAAAAGAAAUGGUGUGUAGGAGUAAGGGAAGGAUAUCAGUAACAAAUUGUGGGAUAAGGAUGAGAAAACAAAAGAGUGCUUACAAAAAAGAUCAAUGCUAAUAAACAAUGUAAACAAGAUAAAAAAUAAAAAGCUAACCACUUUCUAAAUGUUUUCUCCUGGAUUGAUACCUUUCCAUCAAAACAUCUCUUCAUGCUCAGAGCUACAGUUUUUGCUUAAGUUCGAUUUCAGUUAAUUGAACUGCUUUUCCUCCUGAUUGUCACCAGUGUGUUUUUGACUCCAUAAUACAUGAUGUGUAUUUUACAGUCGUGUGUCAUACAGUGAAUGUACUGAUGUGUUCAUUUGUCUGCCAGCCUUGUGUGUACAAAGGUUUGUGCCAUGUGUAUUGAAGCCUUGUGUUGGCCCAUGUGUUCAUUGUGACUGUGGGUAAUGCCUUAUUAGGACUCCUUGGGGAUUCACUAUUAGCUAUGCAUGGAAGAGCAAGUAGACAUGCUCCAAUAACAUCCCUCUGGCCCAAAACAACACGCUAAUUCUGCCUCACAUCAGUCAACACACAUGAGGAUGUUUUGAACUGUGUUCAAAACAUCCUCAUAACACAAUAAUACAUGAAGACAUCUUCCAGUAGCCUGGUGUGUGAACGCUCAAUAUUUUUGAAAGGAAAAAGCUAAUGGUGAUUUACUUAAAAUGUCUUGGUCUAUUUUGAUAUUUGUGUAAUAUUGUUAUUAUUCCUGGACACAUGUAGCUAGAAACAGCUGCUACUCUUGAAUAUGACAGCGAA